AUGGCGAAUCUCACUUUUGCGCACUCCGAUGCGCCGCUCAAGACGGUGCAGGAGAUCCAGUUCGGUCUCCUCUCGCCCGAAGAGAUCAAGAACAUGAGUGUCGCUCACAUCAUGUACCCAGAGACCAUGGACGAGUCCCGCACCAAGCCACGGGUCAACGGUCUCAACGAUCCCCGCCUGGGCUCAGUCGAUCGUCAGUUCAAGUGCGCGACUUGCCAGCAGAGCAUGAACGAAUGCCCGGGUCACUUUGGACACAUAGAGCUAGCUAAACCUGUCUACCACCCCGGCUUUAUCAAGAAGAUCAAGAAGAUCCUUGAAACCGUCUGCCACAACUGUAGUAAAGUCCUGGAAGACAGAAGCAACCCAGAAUUCCACGCAGCUGCCAAUACCCGUGACAAGAAAAAGAGGUUUCAGCAGGUCUGGGAUGUGUGCAAGGACAAGAAUACGUGCUCUAACGAGGUCCCUAAGGAGGACGAGGAAUACGAUCCCGGCAGCAAGCCGUCCAACAAGCACAGCCAUGGAGGUUGUGGCAACAGCCAGCCCAAGAUCCGACAGACUGCCCUGCAGCUUUGGGCCAUGUUUGAGAACAAAGACGAAGAUGGUAACAAAGUCAAGGACAAGCGUCUCCUCACCCCUGAGAUGGCCCUCAACAUCUUGAAGCGUAUUUCUGACGAGGAUCUUAUCGACAUGGGUCUCAACACCGACUACGCCAGACCCGAGUGGAUGAUCAUCACAGUCCUUCCUGUCCCGCCCCCGCCUGUCCGACCCAGUAUUUCCAUGGACGGUACCGGCACUGGAAUGCGAAAUGAGGACGAUUUGACAUAUAAGCUUGGUGAUAUCAUUCGUGCCAACGGCAAUGUUCGCCAAGCUAUCCAGGAGGGAUCUCCUGCUCACAUCGCCGCCGAGUUCGAACAACUUCUGCAAUACCACGUUGCCACGCUUAUGGACAACGAUAUUGCUGGCCAGCCUCAGGCUUUGCAGAAGAGUGGACGUCCUGUCAAGUCCAUCCGAGCACGUCUCAAGGGCAAAGAAGGUCGUCUUCGUGGCAACUUGAUGGGAAAGCGUGUUGAUUUCUCCGCCCGUACCGUCAUCACCGGUGAUGCCAACCUGUCCCUGCACGAAGUCGGCGUCCCUCGGAGCAUUGCUAGGACUCUUACCUACCCCGAAACCGUCACCAUGUACAACCAGGAGCAACUGACUGCAUGUGUACGCAACGGACCUACCGAGCACCCUGGUGCCAAAUACAUCAUCAGAUCAGAUGGAUCUCGUAUCGACUUGAAGCAUCACAAGAACAGGCAAGACAUCGUGUUGGAGUGGGGUUGGAAGGUCGAGAGGCAUCUACGUACCGGUGACUAUAUUAUCUUCAACCGUCAACCGUCUCUCCACAAGGAAUCCAUGAUGGGUCAUCAAGUCAGAGUCAUGCCCUACUCGACGUUCCGACUCAACCUCUCCGUCACCUCCCCUUACAACGCUGAUUUCGAUGGUGAUGAGAUGAACUUGCACGUUCCGCAAACCGAAGAGACACGUGCUGAGGUCAAGGAGCUAUGCUUGGUUCCCAUCAACAUUGUCUCUCCCCAGCGAAACGGUCCUUUGAUGGGUAUUGUUCAAGAUACCCUGGCCGGUGUGUACAAGAUGUCCCGUCGCGAUGUCUUUAUCGAGAAAGAGUUGGUCAUGAAUAUCAUGCUUUGGGUACCCAACUGGGAUGGCGUCAUUCCUGAGCCUGCUAUUCUCAAGCCUAGACCCCGCUGGACUGGCAAGCAGAUCGUCAGCAUGAUCCUACCCCCUGAGGUUAGCAUGUAUAACAAGCCAGGUGGUGGCUCAGCCUGGAACCCAAUCGAUGACGAGGGUAUCUGCAUUCAGUCGGGCGAACUCCUCUUUGGGCUUCCUGCCAAGAAGAUCGUCGGUGCAGCAGCAGGUGGUGUCGUCCACUUGUGUUACAACGAGCUUGGUCCUGAGGGCGCGAUGGCUUUUCUUAAUGGGUGUCAACGUGUCGUCAAUUACUGGCUCCUGCAUGUAGGUCACAGUAUUGGUAUUGGUGACACCAUUCCUGACGCGGCCACCAUUGAGACGGUGCAAGCCCACAUUGAUAACCAGAAGGCCAUUGUGGCCGAUCUCACCGCACAGGCCACAGCCAACGAGCUUGAGGCUUUGCCUGGUAUGAACGUUCGUGAAACUUUCGAGAGCAAAGUCUCCGCUGCGCUGAACGCCGCCCGUGACAAGGCUGGUACUUCGACGCAGAAAAGUUUGAAGGACAUCAAUAAUGCCAAGCUUAUGGCCGACUCUGGUUCCAAGGGUUCGUCUAUCAACAUCUCGCAAAUGUCUGCUUUGGUCGGUCAGCAGAUCGUCGAGGGUAAACGUAUUCCUUUCGGUUUCAAGUACCGUACGUUGCCUCACUUCACCAAAGAUGAUUACUCGCCUGAGGCUCGUGGCUUCAUCGAGAACUCAUAUCUUCGUGGUUUGACCCCUUCCGAGUUCUUCUUCCACGCUAUGGCUGGUCGUGAGGGUUUGAUUGAUACUGCUGUCAAGACGGCCGAAACUGGUUACAUUCAGCGACGACUGGUCAAGGCUCUCGAAGACGUCAGUGCCCGAUACGACGGCACCGUGCGGAACUCUCUCGGUGAUAUUAUCCAGUUCGUCUACGGUGAGGAUGGCGUUGACGCCAUGAUCGUGGAGAAGCAGUUUAUGGACCAUUGGGCGUUGCGUACUGUCGAUUUUGAAAAACGCUACAAGAUCGAUGUCAUGGAAGGCGGCAGCGCUAUCAUCGAGGCCAUCGAGAGUGCUAACAGCACAAUGAUCGGCGACGCCGAAGUCCAGGAGCUUCUCGAUCAGGAAUUCGAAGCUAUCUCCAAAGAUCGCGAUCUCCUACGCGACUUCAAGCUCAAGGCCGAGAAGCUGGAAGAUGCCAUCCAGCUGCCUCUCAACAUCACCCGUUUGAUUGAGUCUACAAAGAAGUUCCUCAAGGUGGACGAUUCAAAGCGAAGCAGUCUAAACCCCAGAGAAGUCAUUCCGGUGGUAAGAGAUCUUCUCAAUAGGAUGGUGGUAGUUCAAGGAUCCGACCCAAUUUCGAAGGAAGCCGACUUGAACUCAAGUUUGUUCUUCAAGGCCCUGUUGCGAUCAAAGUUGUCUUUCAAGCAACUGGCCAUGCACCACAGACUUAGCAAAAACGCUUUCAACCACAUAAUGGGUGAGCUAGAAAGCCAGUGGGCGCGGGCUUUGGUUCACCCCGGUGAGAUGGUUGGUGUCCUGGCUGCGCAGUCCAUCGGUGAGCCUGCCACUCAGAUGACCCUCAAUACUUUCCAUUUCACUGGUGUCUCGUCGAAGAAUGUCACUCUCGGUGUGCCUCGUCUCAAGGAAAUUCUCAACGUUGCCAAAGACAUCAAGACGCCUUCCAUGAUGGUGUACUUGAAGGAAGGUGGCCAGAACCAGGCACUCGCGAAGCGUUUGCGAAGCACGGUAGAGCACACAAAUCUUCGCGCUGUGACUGAGAAGAUCGAGAUUUACUAUGAUCCGGACAUUCAGUCAACCAUCAUUCCCGAUGAUGCCGAUUUCGUCGAUUCGUACUUCGUAGUCUACGAUGAGAGUCGCGAGAAUCUUGAGGCGCAGUCGCGCUGGCUGCUUCGUAUUACGCUUGAUCGCCAAAAGAUGCUGGAUAAAAACUUGACCGUCGAUGAUGUAGCUGCACGCCUUAAGGAGGAGUAUCCCCGAGAUCUGGCCGUCAUCGUCAGUGAUAACAAUGCGGAUGAGCAAGUCAUUCGUAUCCGUAAUAUUCCUGAUGCCAAGAUGGCAGAUGACGAGAUCGAAGAGGAUGUCAUGCUCAAGAAAUUGGGCGAGCAUUUGCUCAACACGCUUACUCUUCGUGGUGUCAAGGGCAUUGAGAAGGCUUUCCUCAACCAAGCUCCGAGACCAGCCAUCGAUAAGCAAGGUGCACUUAUUCAGAAAAAGGACGACCCUCUCUGUGAGGAAUGGUAUCUCGAUACUCAAGGUACUGCCCUACGAGAGGUUUUGGCUGUUGAAGGUGUCGAUGCCACUCGCACCAUCUCCAACGAUCUUUGGCAGACGGUCGAAGUUUUUGGUAUUGAGGCCGCUCGAGGUGCUCUAUUAAACGAGUUGAGACGUGUGCUUGCUUUCGAUGGUUCUUAUGUCAACGAGCGUCAUCUUGCUCUGCUUGUCGAUGUUAUGUGCUACCGUGGCAGCAUUGCUGCUGUUACCCGUCAUGGUAUCAACAGAGCCGACACGGGUGCUCUCAUGAGAUGUUCCUUCGAGGAAACUGUCGAGAUUCUGCUCGAGGCCGCCGCAUCUGGCGAAAUGGACGACUGCCGCGGUAUCUCCGAAAACGUUAUGCUCGGCCAGUUGGCUCCCAUGGGUACUGGUCACUUCGACGUCAUGCUUGAUCCUAAGAUGUUGGAUACUGUCAUCUCUGACAACUCUCGCAUGGGUCUCAUGCCGGGUAUCGCAGGUAAAGCUGGACAAAUGGAGGGUGCCUCUACCCCUUACGACAUGCGAUCGCCCAUCAGCGACUCCACUCUCAUGGGCUUCACCUCACCCUCCAUGGGCAUGGCUGGUCAGUUUUCGCCCAUUGCCGGCUCCGACUCUCCUGCUCGCGGAGGGUUCUCGGAGUACGGUGGCUUCGGCGGCGCGAGCCCUUACGGAUCGCGCAGCCCCGGUGCUACCAGUCCUUUCGGCAGUUCGGCAACGUCUCCAUUCAGCUAUUCGCCCACAUCGCCGGCUGCUGGUUAUUCUCCGACUUCUCCAAUGAUGGGCGGCGCUCGCUUUGCCAGCUCCCCGCAGUUCAGUCCGUCGUCGCCAUCGUUCUCGCCUUCCUCCCCUGGGUUCUCAGGUACAAGUCCCACCAGCCCGAGCUACAGCCCAACUUCGCCCAGCUACUCGCCAACGUCUCCAUCGUCUCCACGACAUUACUCUCCUACGUCGCCUGCAGCUGCCUCGCCCUCUUAUUCGCCUUCGAGCCCCAACUACAGUCCGACAUCUCCGAACUUGGCCGUCUCCCCAUCGUACAGCCCGGCUUCGCCCAACUAUUCUCCUACUUCGCCUGCGCAUAACUACUCACCGACGAGUCCUCAGUACAAUAGCCAGUCUCCCACGAGCCCUGGCUAUUCACCUUCGUCGCCUAAGUGGUCCCCUAAGACUCCUGCCCCUGGCGGCAGCACCAGCCCGAAGUACUCACCUACAUCCCCCAAGAAUGACUAA